GUAAUGCUGCAUAUGACGAGCUGGAGUGUCUCGCCUCUCUCUCCGCGGUCAGCUGUAGACGGAGGCCCGUAAACUCCUCCCCAUUAAAGACCGAUAAGCUAUUCCGUACCCUGCAUCAUAGCCGUUUCAGGAGAGACUAGAAGCGCAAAGGAAAAAAGAUUUUGAUGUCGCUCGGAGCAUCUCCCACUUGGACGUAAAAUGCUUCAGCAUGACCUAAACUGUUAGAGAUGACGAUUACAGAGCUACGUAUAAGCUGCCAGCAAGGACUACGCGGUAAGGAUGCAAUGUUUUAAUGUGGCGUGGCAGGCAGGCAAACGGCAUGACUGAGGAGAAAUGCCCGCAGCUGGUGGACUACUUCGUGGUGGCUGGGCUGGCGGGGGGCUCGGCCCCCCUGGACGAAGAUGGGCAGCAGCGAGGUGGACGUAUGGUGGAACCGGUGACAGACCUGGCCGUGAUCGCCAGGGGGCUGGGCGAGGAGGUUCCUGAGGGUUUCACCUGCAUCGAGAAGACCCAGGGCGGCCACCCCGCCGAGCUGAGCGCCGGCCUAAUCAACAACCCCCACAUGUACCUCUGCUACCGGAGGGGCCAUGACAAGCCUCCCAUCCUCGACCUCGGGGUGCUGUACGAGGGAAAGGAGGCGGCCAAACCCGGCUGGCAAGUCCUCGAGACCACGCCCUACAGCCGCUCGGCCAGCGUGAGCUGGGGGGGGCCCACCACCCACCGCACCUUCCUGAUGUACCGGCGGGCCCCCGACUCGCAGGCCCUCAACACGCUGGGGGUUACCGACAUUGCCCUUCUCCUCCCCAGCAAGGGCGAGACUGUGCCCCACACCUUCUGCAGGGUGGACAAGAACCUCAACACCGGCAUGUGGGGUCCGGCCCUGUACCUGUGCUAUAAGAGAGCGAUGACCAAAGCCAAUGCCCUGGCCUACGAGGCAGGUCUGAUAAGCCGCUAUCCCGAAGAUGACCUGGACUCCUUUCCCCUGCCGGACUGCGUGCCCGUGUUUUGCCUCCCCAUGGGCGUCACUGUGGAGAGCUGGCCCCUCAACACCAAGUACCAGCUUCCUGUCUUCUCUACCUUUGUCCUCACCAGUGCCUGUGGAGACAAGGUGUACGGGGCCGCCAUCCAGUUCUACGAGGCAUUCCCGCGCGAGGGCCUCUCGGAGAGGCAGAGCGUGCGCCUAGGUCUGGUGAGCGUGGUGGACCGGCGGCCCAUCACCAACCGCUCGCUUCAGGUGAAAAAGAGCAUCUGCGUGCUCUCCCACUGGCCCUUUUUCACCGUCUUCCAGAAGUUCCUCACCUUCAUCUACCGCUACUCCAUCUCCGGCCCCCACGUGCUGCCCCUGGAGAAGCACAUCUCCAGCUUCAUGCACAACGUCCCGUUUCCCUCCCCUCAACGCCCCCGGAUUCUCGUCCAGCUUUCCCCAUACGACAACCUCCUCCUCUGCCAGCCUGUCUCCUCCCCUUUACCACUCAGUGGUGCCAGCUUCGUGAAGCUCCUCCAGAACCUGGGAGCGGAGAACGCCUGCACACUGCUGCUGGCCGUGCUGACGGAGCACAAGCUGCUACUGCACUCGCUGCGGCCAGACGUGCUCACCUCCGUCAGCGAGGCACUGCUCUCUAUGACAUUUCCUCUGCGCUGGCAGUGUCCCUACAUCCCCCUGUGCCCGCUGAGGAUGGCGGACGUGUUGUGCGCCCCCAUGCCCUUCAUCGUGGGCGUUCACUCCAGCUACUUUGACCUCUACGACCCCCCUCAGGACGUGAUGUGUGUCGACCUGGAUACCAACACCAUUUUCCAAUGUGAGGAUAAGAAGCCGCUGUCCUGGCGGUCGUUACCCAGAAAGCAUUGCAAGACCCUCUUGACGACCCUCAGUAACCUGAAUAAGACCCUGGAGAAGAUCUGCAUCCCCGGCCAAGAGGACGCCACCUUGGAGUUCCUCCUCACCGACUAUGACCUCAUUUACGGGCGUCAGAAGCAGCUGGAGCUGGAGAUCCAGGAGGCCUUCCUACGCUUCAUGAGCUGCUUGCUGCGGGGGUACCGGGCGUACCUGCUUCCCAUCACACAGGCCCCCUCGGAGAAGACCACCAACUGCAGCUCCCUGUUCAACCUGCAGGGGUUCCUCAAAUCCCGGGACCGGACCCAACAGAAGUGCUACACCCAGCUGACGCGCACCCAGAUGUUCACGCACUUCAUCGAGGAGUGUUCCUUCGUGAGCGACAGGCACGCUUCACUGGAGUUCUUCGACGAGUGCGUCCAAAAGGUGGACGUGGAGAAGCCGGAAGAGGUGCGGCUGAUAGACCUUGAUGAGACGCACAGCGGGGAGCACACGGUCUUCAUCAUGCCCCCAGAGGAGCCGCAGGAGUCUGAUGGAUCCGAGUGCCCCGCCCCCUAUAGCUACGAGACCUUCCCGUCACUGCACCUGGAGCUUUUCGACCGGCCACAGGACCAGCUCCGUGCCCCGGCCAAGGGGAGCGCCCCCAGCAGCCCGGCCCCUCGGCGCACCAAGCAGGAGAUCAAGCUGGCCCAGAAGCGGGCCCAGAAGUACUCCUCAGUGCCAGAUAUGUGGUCCAAGUGUCUGCUGGGGCACUGCUAUGGGCUGUGGUUCAUCUACCUGCCCACCUUCGUGCGGGCGGAGAGCGCCAAGGUGCGGGCUCUGCACACGGCAUACGAAGUGCUGAAGCACAUGGAGACCCGCAAGGUGGUGCUGCCAGAUGAGGUUUGUUACCGGAUUCUGAUGCAGCUGUGCGGUCAGUAUGGGCAGCCGGUGCUGGCAGUGCGGGUGCUGCUGGAGAUGAAGAAGGCGGGAAUCACGCCCAACACCAUCACCUACGGCUACUACAAUAAAGCUGUGCUAGAGAGCAAGUGGCCGUCCACCAAUCAGGGCGGCCGCCUCCGCUGGACCAAACUGCGAAACGUGCUGAUGGCCGUGGCACAGUUCAGGCAACCAGUCAAGCGGCGGCAGAAGAGCGGGUCUGUGGGAUCCCACGCAGAUAUUCUUGUGGAGCAGCACGCGCAGCCAAAGCUGCAGUCCGCUCUAAUCCGCCAGUCCAGCUGGAGUGGGCUGAGCGAGGCCUCCAGCUAUGAAUCCCUCACCAGCCUUCUUGUCAAGAGCAACAGCCUGAAUAGCAUGCGGGCUUCAGUCGACAAGCCUACGAUGUCCAAGAGAGUCCUGGCCCAGAGCGGUGCAGCCGCGGCCCGGAAGCCGCCAGUGGGUCCGCGCGACUCCGUAGGCUCCACCGUAGCGCCCCCUGGUGGCCGAUUUGUGCGGCGGAGUGACAUCUGCUUGUCCACCUUCUACAAGGACUACGCUGAGCCGGCAGGGUCGGACUGCGUCUGCCAACCUGGAGGGAGGGAGGGGAGAGCUGCAGAACCACGAGAGGCGUCGGGCCGGAAGGCCGUGGACGAGAACUGCAACAACGUGUCGUCGCCGAGCCGCGGCCUGGCGGGGAAGCUGCAGCAACUGCUGACGCCCACAAGGAACCGCGCCUCUGUCCGACGCGCUGCCAGCGUGGAUGACCGCAGGCCUGGGGGGGGCACCGUGGCCACUCGCCGGGUGUCCGAGCAGCGGCAGUCUCGCAAAAACCAGGUGGCAGACUCGCUGUUGAAGGCCAAGGAGCGGCUGUACAACGCUACCUCUGAGAGUUCGCUCUCAGUGGGGAGCGACGUUGACAUCAUAGAAACCACCAAUAUGACCUUUCAGCUCAGGAAGUCCUGGGAUUCCACACAGGAAGGAGCGGGGCUUGAGGUGCUGAUGUCCAGUUGCUCAAUUUGUCGAAAAUGUAAUUCGCUGGUCUAUGAUGAGGAGAUUAUGGCCGGUUGGACGUCUGAUGACUCCAACCUCAACUCCAGUUGUCCCUUCUGCUCAGCCACCUUCCUGCCGCUGCUCAAUGCAGAAAUCUGCGACCUGGGGUCCGUCUGCAGCUUGGAGCGCAACAACUCCUUUAAGAAUGGCUCUGAGGCAGCAACAGCGCUCCCUGGUGGAGUGGAUGGAUUAAAGCAGCAUCUCUAUAAUGGCGUGAGCGAGGAUACCGGCUCUGAAACCAGCGCGUAUUCAGAAAGCAGCACUACCACGGGUUCCUCUGCAGGGGGUAUGCCGUUGGUGACUGUGGCAUACCUAAGCCCCCUGGUACUACGCAAAGAGUUGGAGAGUCUGCUGGAGAAUGAAGGAGAGGCCGUCCUGUCCCAGGGCCAGCUCCUGGACAACCACUCCAUUAUAUUUUGGAACCUGGUGUGGUACUUCCAGCGCUUGGGCUUGCCCAGCAACUUGCCACAGCUUCUGCUCUCCUCACAGCUCCCUGUUCAUCUCACCCAGGCUUCCGAGAACUUGGCGGUGAGAGUGCGACUGCUGUGGGACACCCUGACCCCUGAUACCGAUUACUGGCCACCGCUCUAUGUCCUCUGGAGAAUACAUAGCGGGGUGCCAAUGCGCAGCUACAGCUGGAGGAGACACAAUCACCCCUUCACCCUGGCGUUUCUGGAGGAAAUGCUACGCUGCGUUGGCAUGAAUGAGGUGCACAAGGCAGUCACACUCUUCCUGGAUACUGUUGCCAGGCAACCUGGAACUCCUCUAAUACAGAGGAGUCUGUACAGAGAGAUCCUGUUUCUCACUAUGGCUGCAAUGGGCAAAGAUGUUGCUGCGUUCGAUAAGAAAUACAAGGCGGCGUACACGCGACUCAGCGGGUCCCUGGGGAAGGAUGAGCUGCACAGGAAGAGGGUCCAGCCCCCGAGCCCCAAAGCUGUGGACUGCAGACGCUGCUUCCUGUUAUCGCUGGAGUGCUGAGAUCCACCCAGGGAGGGGCCAACACCCGGAUGAAUACACACACACACACAUCCACGCUCCAGUGCGUUUGCCUGUCAGAAGCUUCAUCCCAGUCUAAACUCAACUGGUGUUUUACCCGCUGCGGCCUGGUCAAGCUAUCGCUAGUUGUCUACUCGCUGUACCUCAGUUCUUCAGUCUGAAUUCCCUGACUCACCCCUAACUAAUCGCAUUCACAAUAUUGACUUUUACUGAAGACGAGUGUGUAGUUGGUUUAGCCUGGACCAUUCUUUGCCGCAGUUUUGUUCUAUACAUCUUUGUGUAUCCUGAACUAACCCCCUGUGGCCUCGUUGUUCCCUCUGGUGCCCCCCGGGCAUCUGAAAUUAAUCGUUGUCGGAAAAGCACUUUGACCUGCUGUGACCUUCCGAAUCUCGUUUGACUUGAAAAUUAAGCUACUGCUGGAACCUUCUCUGAAGUGUGCGUACCUUGGAGGUGUAAACCACUCAAAAGGAGAGACGCGACGCAGCGGCCCAUACUGAUAUGUAACAGGUUUAAACGGAGAAUAACGCAGUUUUCCUUGGCACGCGUCAUGUGAACCGGUAACGUACCUUUAGCUCGGAGCUAAAUGUCACCGAUGAAGCUGUAUGUAGUAACACAGAGCCGUGUUCGUACAGACCCAUGCAGAACAGCACUGAAGAUCAGAGUAGCUGUCGCUUGAUGUCAUUUACGAGCCUGUAUUAUACUUUGCGGGCUACUUGCCGCCCUCUUUUGGCUUUCUGUUAAGGGGCUAGCCAGUGUUUGGCGUCUAACUGAGCCCUUUCUCCUACCGUUAUUCAUUGGAAUCCGAGCUACAUCCCUCCGCUGGGCUUCCUCUCGUUUGGUGAUAUGGCAGGCCGCUGGGUAAGAGCAUGCUGCCUUAGCGCACGCUGGCUGUGGCGGGGGGGUGCACCUUCGCAGGCCUUCAUCCCCCUCCCCCUCUCAGGAGGGUCCCUUGAACUUGCCGUGCCCGGCAUCAGAGUCCGUCGAUUUUUGGCACCCGAAGACACGCGCGUCACUCGUAGAGAAGAUUGACAGGCCGUACGAGAUGCAGCGCUGUACGUCUGCCUGUUGCCCCCCCCCUGCCCCUCCCCCGCCAUCCCCAGAAGCAAGGCCGAGAACUUGGACCAAGAUCGAUGGCUGCAAUGUUUCACUUCACCAGACGGUGGCAGCAGAAGCACUGAAUGGUGGCCACUAAAGGAGCCAAGGCCUCCGGAUUCUGACUUUUUUUUUCCCUUUCCUGGACCCACACCUCCAGGUUCCUGCCCUGCAAAUAUACAUCAAACCAUUUUUUCAAGGUUCUAAGCUGUGUAUUUUUUUUUU